AUGACUCUGACACUGGCCAUAGCGACGAUAGUGGUUCGGGUUCAGGUCCCGGCUUCGACCAAGACUGCGACUCCUAGCUCUCGCCAAAAGCAUUUCGACCCCUCUGAGAUUGCUGCUCGCCUGGAACUUGCACUCUCGGACCUCUCGCUCUGGAGAAACGAAUCCCUGUACCAACGUGUAGCCGGAACAUCUGACUGGUUUAUCCCAUUUUCUCGACUUCGGGACCACCCGCUUCUCUCCUCUAUAUUUAUUGAAGAAGUCAAUGUACCAGAUGCAUCGCUGGUCAAUGCGUUAAGAUCACAUGGCUGGGGAAACUUUGAGUUUCAAAUGAGGCUACGCGAGCCUAGUAGUGCUGCCUGGAAGGAUAAGGGGAAAGCACCGUCUGGGUGGGUGGGUGCCGCCGGCGGAUACGAAAUUCGGAGUAAAUGGUGGGCCAAGAGAGAAAGUGGGUGGAUGGAUGCGCUAGCUUCUGUCGAGGAGCGGAAUUGGAUGGCGAGAAUGGUUUAUGUUGAACGUGUUCCUCAGUCAAUCCGAUCAGUAUGGUCGUUAUACCACUUUAUAUCUGCGUUCUUUUCUUCUGAGGAAUCAGAAUGUCAAGUUGUACACGAUAUACUAAUACCGACAGCUGAACCAUCUCUCAUCAACCCCCAACCAGGGCGUUUCCGAGGACAAGCGUUCGUAGUUUUCGCAACGUACGAAUUAGCCCAGACUUUUUGUAAACGCUGGGUUUGGAAUGCUCCUCAUGGUACGGGCUCCGAUAAACAGCCAGAAUUCAAAUCGGGCAACCAGUGGAAUAAGGAAGCCGCUGAAGUAACUGCGGAAUCGUCUGGUUUUCGAUCUUUAAGCAAGCCGCAAUGGGAUAAAUUAAAAGCAGAGUACCUUGAGCAUCAAGCCCGAAUCCUCAAACAAGGACCCCGACGCCCAAAAACAGAUAAACGUUGCAACGAUAGCACCUCAGACACUGCUGUUCCUAUUCCAGCUCCUGCACGGCCGCCUCGUCAGGCACCUGCCCCUCGCCAAGUUGAGUCUCGGCCUCCGCCAUUCCCGCCAGGUAUCCUCGUUUUCGUCAAACGCAUUCAUCCAGAAACAAAUAAAACAACGCUCAAAAAUCUCUUCACUCGAGGUGCUCCUAAUGGUGUAGAGUACAUAGAUUUCCAAAAAGGCAUUGACAGUACUAUCCUAAUAUCUAAACAACAGGCACAUGUCCACGGAUUGGAUGACGUCGGACAAGAAUCAAGUACGAAUCCGAUAGAAGCAGAAGUUGUUCUUGGGACUAGAGAAGCCAACUACUGGGCCAAAGUCCCAGAGAAGGUUAGAAUGGAUGCCGUAGCCAAGGCAGGAUUAGCCGGAGACAGGGAUGGAAACGAAGAGUCGAAAGGUAGAAGGAAGAGGCAAAGAAAAAUAUAG